AGGUGACGACUAGUGUCAUUCUCUCGUAGUAAUUUCAUAAUACGCCAUUUUCUUUGUGUGCAGUUAGUGAUCUUUUCACGAAAUAAAAAAUUUUUUUUUAAUCGUUCUAUCAACAAACAACUGCAGAAAAUCUUUAAAUUUAAAAAUGGCAUCACGUAAGAAAGUGCUACUCAAAGUUAUUAUUCUUGGAGAUUCUGGGGUUGGUAAAACAUCACUAAUGAAUCAGUAUGUAAACAAAAAAUUUAGUAACCAGUACAAAGCAACCAUUGGAGCUGAUUUUUUGACUAAAGAAGUUAUGGUUGACGAUAGGAUAGUUACCAUGCAGAUUUGGGACACUGCGGGACAAGAAAGAUUUCAAUCACUGGGAGUUGCAUUUUACCGAGGCGCUGAUUGUUGCGUGUUAGUGUUCGAUGUCGCAGCCCCAACGUCCUUUAAAUCAUUGGACUCAUGGCGAGACGAAUUUUUAAUCCAAGCAUCACCCAGGGACCCCGAUAAUUUUCCAUUUGUCGUGUUGGGUAAUAAAGUCGACCUUGAGAACAGAGCCGUCUCGAGCAAGAGAGCACACCAAUGGUGUCAAUCAAAAAAUAAUAUUCCGUACUUUGAAACGAGCGCUAAAGAAGCUAUUAAUGUCGAACAAGCUUUUCAGACGAUAGCCAAAAAUGCUUUGGCUCAAGAGAGUGAGGUUGAACUUUAUAACGAAUUUCCCGAUCAAAUAAAACUUACCAACGAUCAAAGAACUAAUGGCAAAGGUGACUCGUGUGCCUGCUAGAAUAUCACGGGACAAAUAUUAAUUAUGGUAACUCAUAAAUUAAAAAAAUAAAAAAAAAACAAAAAGAAAAAGUAAAAUAUAAAAAUAUAAACACAAAAAAAUCAGAUUGUCAGUGUGCUCUCUGCGUGUUUAAAAAUGUGAGGAUCAUCGCAACGAGGGUGAAAUUAAUAAACAAAAUAACAAUAAUAAUAAAUAAAUUAAUUAAUUAAAUAUAAUCACAGCAAUUAAAUAAAAAAAAGGAAAUUAAAUAAAUAAAUCUCGGUGCUUUGUUAACUCACUUAUAAAAUGAUAUAAUAAUUAAACACGAGAACAAAAGUAAUAAAAUAAGAGACCAGUUUUUUCAAAUGUACGAUAAAGUGAAUUGAAAAAAUAUUCGAUGAAUUUUUAUCUAGAUGCAAAUCGAUUAAUCGUUAAUAAUUAAAAUAAAAU